AUGAAGGAUCUUCAUCAUAUCAUGAAGGAUAUGAAUAACAUUGGUGAUGAGAGGGAGAAUGCUAGUGAAGAGUGGUGGAAUUCAUUGGCUCUUAAUAUACCUGGACCUUCCGAAUCAUCAAUAUCUUCAUCUCCUAAGCAAUCUUCCAAUACUAAUAAUAAUACAAGUAUUAGUAGCAAUAAUAGUAAUACUAAUGAGGGUUUAAAGAUAAAUAUGAGCCUAAUUAAAGCCUUUAACGAUAGUGGCACUAGUGAAAACCUUAAUUUAAAUAAUAGCAAUGAUAAUAUUAAUAAUAGUAGUAAACGUGAUGACGAUUCCGAUGAUGAAGAUGAUGAAGAGAACGAGGAUGAAUUAUUAACUUUAUCAUCAUUGGCAAAAUUAAGGAAAUUAAUUCCCAGAAUUCCAAAACUUAUUCCACCCGAUGAAAAUGGUGCAGAAAGAUCUUCCACCUUAAACAUGCUCAAUUUAACUUCUCCAAAGAAAUCAAGUAAUAAUAGUAGAGGAAUAGUUUCAUUAACAUCCGAAACUGAAAACUUGUUAAAAUCUCCAAAACAGCAAUUAGAUUCUAAGAGGACAGAUUUGUCUAUACUUUUAGAUAAUGAACCUGGCGAUCAUUUUAAUGUGUUUAGUUUAUCAAAUUCGCCCAAAAAGAGCACAACCUCGAAACGAAACUUUGACAAUACAUUAGAAACUUUGAGUAAGGUGUAUAGUCCAAAGCAGAAUAAUAUCAACUUGGAAACUAUAACAAUACCCAAGAAGGAAUAUGAGGAUUUAAAAACUGAUAAUGUUAUCCUUCAGGGAAGAUUAAUUCAAAUGGAACUAAUUCAUGAAAAAUUAUUACAAAUGAUAUUAAACAAUAAAUCGAAUUAG